ACUUCGUUCUUAACUCCUUGUGUUUAAUUAAUAGCUCCAUGAUGUUAUCAAAAACAGAUAACAAGUACUAAAUAACGAACUGGAAAACAAUAAUGAAGAUUCCCGAUGUCAGGUGAUAGACAGUAACAAAGAAACCGCACUCUAGGUAACGGCGAGAAAUAGACACGCUAAAGAAGAAAGCUGUUACAGGAUUCAUGAUCCAGUUGAUAAAGAAAAGGCGGGAAAUGAAUGGAGGAAGCGCCAGAAAGUGUAUAUGCAGCUGUAUAAAGACCACCAGGAAGAGAAUGGAAGAGGAAAUACAGAGAUUCAUGCAUGCAAACAAUCGAGCCAGCUACGCUGACAAACAAAAGCUUCAAACGAGUUAAAAGAACUCGUCUCAGGGAAAUCACAAAUUAUUGCUUUGAAGUCUCGUUGUGGAGUCAUAUAUUACAGAGAAGAGAUUAUUCCCAGAGUAGAAAAAUUCUACAAGAAUUUAUCCCCAAGCAAGAAACUUAAGGGUCCCAGAAAUCAAACCACAUGACAAAGAUGAAGUUCCAGACACAGCGAUCAAAGACAUUGUUCACUAAAGCCUUCAAAAUUCAAAUUCUGUGCAAGUUAGUCCAUGCCAUUCCAAGUAUGAGGCAUACACGUCUUCAUUUAAUAAUAUGUGAAUGUGACUGUCAAGACAUAUAUGCAAUAUUAUGGGGCGUUUUCAGUUGUUAUAAUGUACUCUAUAUAUGUAAGUCACCAAACUGAGGCCAGGUUUAGUUCUGUUCAGGGUGCUUAACCCUCUGUCAAACAUAUUAAGGUUAAGGGCAGGAAGCAACAGGAUUUGUUGGUCAUGCCAUAUGGUCAUGCAGUGUUCUGUUGGGAUCGUGUCCCGGAAUGUUAUGUCUGGUUCAGUAUUCCUAAGGCAUAUUUUCUCGACGUAUACUGGGUCACGAGGCCAUCAACCUGUGCCCUCGCGAGUAUCAAAACACAUGUGAGCAAUUUUCUUGUAACAGUUGAUUUGUAAAAACGGACAAAAGUGUUGUUGAAGGUGGCCAUAUCAGUCAAUGGAAUAACAUUCAAAGGAACACGUCUCGAUUUUCUUCCGUUUGUAUCCAAUGACAACGAUGGCCAGAUGUUUCUGAUUUACAGCACAAAGACAAGGCAGCAAUAAACAGAAAUUCUCAAAUGACUCCGUGUUUCAUUGAGACACCCGAAAACGAUUUAAGUAUAGUCGACACAUUGCGAAGCUACAGCAGAUUUCGACCUACGGAAUAUGAAUUCUAAAUUUUGGGGAUUUUGUUCUAAAAUGUCCAUGUCACCCAUAUUGUACAACAAUAUAGACAGAGAGAACCGCAAUGAAGAAAAUCGAUGAACCGACACGUUCUUUGCUGUUUAUAGUGUUCCGUUCGAAACACUUCACAGUCACUUAGCAAUCAUCGAUUCUUCAACGUGUAUUGGGGAGAAAUGCUCCUGAAAUACAAUCAGCUGAGGUCACAGUAUCGACGGAACAAAUCCAAAGUGCUUAUGUUAUUAUCAGGAACAAAAGAACCCCUUCGCGUCCAUCAUUCAAAAUUGAUGAAGUGACCUGGGGUGAAGUUUGCACAGAAGUCUUGUCGAUGAAAAAUACGAGUACAUUUGUAUUGUGAGUUGGAAAGCCGAAGAGGACACUUCUACAAUGAGCGGUGAGGUGGAUGAUGCACAAGUCAUGGCCGAGGAGGAAGAGAAAGAAAUCGAGCAAUCAGAGCAAAGAUCAGAGCAGGCACGUGUGACUUUGGGAGAAGAGAUAAUAGAGGAAGAACAAGAAGAAGCAGUUCAAAGAUUAGUGGAAGAGGAAAGGGUCAGUCAAGCCAUGCAAGGAACAAGUAACCAGGCUUUCGAGGAGGUCGGUCGCGAUGAGCAACUUCCGAGAGACGGAGCGGACGUCAGCGAGUCCCUCGAGGGGGACCAGCACCUUCAACUCCGUAGGAAGUCCACCCUCAGCGGGUCGGUAGAAAGCAUGUUGGAAAAAUCUGGCAUGAUGGAACAUGCAGAAAAGUUGGAGUCGAAUGGAUAUGACAGCAUGCAGACACUACGUCUUGCCAACAAGGAAGACCUCAUGGCAAGCGGGUUGAGGCGAGGCCACGCCAGCCUCGUGGUUCAUCUUACGGCAGGACGACUUGAAAGAUUGAAGAGGGAGAAAAAAGAAGGAGGGGAAUUCGGUGAAGAUAUUCAAACGGAAGACUUUUCGAACGAGGAAGAAGAUAUGGACAAAGAAAAGAAGCUGAGUGGAAAUGGCUAUGAGGUCAUCGCAGUUGACACUGUGACCACCACUAACCCAGUAAUUGAGAGAGGUAACUGGGGUCGUCAGCUGGAUUAUAUUCUGUCCUGUGUGGGCUAUGCUGUUGGACUAGGCAAUAUCUGGCGCUUCCCCUAUCUCUGCUACAGACACGGUGGAGGAGUGUUUCUGAUCCCUUACAUCAUCAUGCUCUUUUUGGCUGGGAUGCCCCUAUUCUUCCUGGAGACAGCCUUUGGCCAGUAUGCUAGCCAAGGCCCAGUCACUAUCUGGAGAGCAUGUCCACUCUUUGCAGGUAUUGGCUGGGCUAUGGUCAUCAUAUCAGCCAUGGUGGUCAUCUACUACAACAUCAUCAUGGCUUGGACUGCGUUCUUCAUCUUCAAGUCUUUCACUCUGGAGCUACCCUGGCAACACUGCAACAACACAUGGAACACGGACGACUGUGGGUAUGCCUCACCACCCAAUGGUACCAUGUUUAAUGGGACCUGGUUGAACCAAACCAUGGCAGAGAUGAUGAAUAUAAGUGUGCCGAAGGCAGUCACACCAGCCGAGGAAUACUGGAAUAAAAUUGUGUUGGACAAAAGUGACGGAAUUGAAAACUUGGGACCAGUCCGGUGGCAGAUGGCACUCUGUCUCCUCCUAUCCUGGGUUGUUGUCUUCCUAUGCAUCUGCAGAGGUGUCAAGUCUUCAGGAAAGGUUGUGUACUUCACUGCCACUUUCCCUUACAUCAUCCUUAUCUGCUUACUGAUCCGCGCAUUGACACUGGAGGGUGCCAGUGAAGGAAUUGGUUACUACAUGAAUGCCGACUGGAAGCAGCUCAAAAAGUCCAAGGUAUGGAAUGAUGCUGCCUCACAAAUCUUUUAUUCUCUGGGCCCAGCUUGGGGAGGUAUCCUCACUUUUUCCAGCUACAACAAGUUCAACCACAACUGCUUCAGGGAUGCAAUCAUGGUUCCCAUCAUCAACUGUAGCACCAGCAUCUUUGCCGGAUUUGUCGUCUUUGCAACUUUGGGGUUCAUGUCAGCCAAAACAGGGAUGGACAUUGAACAUGUGGCCGUCCAAGGCCCAGGUCUGGUAUUCGUGACGUACCCAGAGGCUAUUGCCCAAAUGCCAGCUGCUCCCCUCUGGUCCUUCCUCUUCUUCUUCAUGCUCUUCCUUGUUGGAUUGGAUACACAGUUUGGCAUGACAGAAACUGUCAUCAGUGGUUUCAUUGACCAGUUUCCAGAGCACCUAAGGAAGUGGAAGACUCUCUUUGCGCUCGGUGUCUGCUGCUUGUUCUUCCUCUUGGGUUUACCUCUAGUGACAAGGGGUGGUAUCUAUGUAUUUGAGUUGAUCAACUGGUAUAGCGCCUGGAUAUCCCUGAUGAUUGUUGGAAUGACAGAGUGCUUUGCUAUAGCUUAUUUCUAUGGUUUCCGGCGGUUCAUCUCAGACAUCAAGAAGAUGCUAGGAUAUGAGACGGUGGUAUGGUGGUGGUACUGCAUCUGCUGGCUUUUUGUGACACCAGCAGUAAUCCUUUUCAUCAUAGGAUUUGGUAUCUACCAGUACGUGCCAGUGUACUACGGUGACUCCUACUACCCACCUUGGAGUGAAGCUUUAGGCUGGGUCAUGGCAUUAAUUGCCCCAUUGAUGAUCCCCAUCUUCAUGGUGGUAAACUUCCUUCGAUCCGAGGGUAACACCAUUUUAGAGAAGCUGCGCAACGUCAUCCGCCCAACCAAGGAAUGGGACCUGGCCCACGACCACAGCCCAGAGAACAGCCAAGUCGAUGUACCCAUGACCCAGUGCAAGAUGGCUACUAGUAUGAAUGGGAACAAACCAGGACAGGCUGUAUAAAAUUUCACAUGGGAUCCACGUCCGACUGGCCUGACCCACAGAGGGCGCUAUUCCACAUUGUAUGUGAAUAUUCCUGGAAUGGUCAUAAGCUGUAAAUAAGCCAGGCUGUUAUGUUGAAAGCAUGUGCAUAAGUGCAUAUUAGCAUGUUUUAUUGUGUUUCCAAUUCAGUUGACUCAAAGAUGUCAAUGGUGGUUUUAAUUUUAUCAUUUAUCAUGCAACAUCUACAUGUACUAGCUUAAUUUAUCAGUAUUAGCAUCUUAGAAAUACAUGUAUACUUUGCCAGUUAUCUUUUACGUUUUUUUGCUGUACAGCAUAUUAUUUAACAAUUCAUAACAGCAGAGAGUAUAAAGCAGGGACAAAACAGACAAUUCCUCUUCACACUUACUUUUUAUCCUGGCAAUCAUAGCAAAUAACCGUCAAAAUUAAUCCAAAAUAGAAUUCAGUUUACCUGGGAGAACACUCAGAAAGUCUGGAAAAGGAACUUUUGGAAUUCCAUUGUUAUAUGGUCAUAUUUCACAACUGUUAUCAGUUGUAAACUGUUUUUAACCAUCACAAAGCAUCACACAACAAACAUCAGUGCUGACCUCAAUUUCAUGGAGCUGAGCAGUAUGCAAGACAGAGCAUGCUAGCAGCUAAAACAAAUUUGUCAAGCACAGACCAGAAGUUUUCAAGCAACUAUAGUUGAAAACACUCUUUGAUCAAGUUCUGUGCAAUCAAAAUAAAACUGUUUCUUUCUAUUUGUACUUGACAAACUGUAAGAAUUGUCCAAUGGUUAGGCAAAAAGUUUUAUUUCUCAAUGUAAUGGAAAAACUCCUAUUUCUUCUUUGCAAAGGUACAUGUACAUGUACUUCCAUUCUGAAGAAAUUACAUGUCAUAUCUUGAUAUAUUUCAAAAGGUCCCAAGGCUAGAAAAAUAGAGCUGAUCUUGCCAUCAGUAAGGUCUAUGUGCUCCAUUACUGCGAGCAUUGAGAAUACAUGAAUUUAAAAAUGUUGUUGCUGAGUAUGCAACAGCAGUCAACAUUGGCAACAUUUUCGUGAGUAAAAACGUGUUGUCUCAUGAUGUAAAUAUGUACUUGGUGGUGUUAUCUUUUAGACAAAAGAACCACUUUUUGGAGGCAUACAUUACCUUUAAGCUGAUAUUGAAAUACUUCAGUUUUAGACAUAAAAUAAAAAGGAAUAUAAAACAUAACAUUCAGAGAAAAAAAAAGCAAUAGUUUUGAAGUGUAUGUGUUUAUGUAAAUGUAUUCUACAUAUAUGUACCGGUAGACAGAAAAAGUUUUAAAAGGUGAUUAGGAAAACCACAAGUAUAUGGACAAUUAGGCUAUUCAAUUAAUGUCAUUAAAAUAUGCAAGUGUUCAUGUGUGGAGACUGUUAGAGCACUACAAUUAAUUUUACGUGUAGUAGGGUGGAACUUUAGAAAACUGUUGUUAAAAAUUUGUCCAAGUUACAGAGUUUGGUGAAGGGUUUUAUUGGAAUGAGGAGUUUUGUGGAGUUAAACACAUAGCAGAAAGGGGAAUGGGACAAACUGAAGAACACGCAUUAAAACGGGUACAUGGAUAAUUUUCAGGUAUUUCCUCUUUUGCACAUAAUGAAUGCAUGACUAUAUAUUUAAUAAUUGGAGCAUAUUUGGAAUGUUAAGAAGAAGUAAAUUUGUCUACUUGGGGAUAUGCAGAAAUCAGUUAACGUACCAACUCCAUACACAAUCAUUUCCACUCCCGCAAGUAAUCACUCCCACACGUUAUACCUGGAUUACAAUUUAAUAAUCAGUGGAUGCAUGUAUAUGAGCAUCAGUUCGAGUGUAAGUUACAUGUAUAUAUCUGAAGUCAAUUGUAAGUUACUGACACAAAUACUGAAAACCAAUUGCGACCUGAUUACCUUAAUAAAUAUGGUAGCAAGUAAAUACUUCCAGAAUUGAAAUAUGCCACAAGCAUUUUACAUUCAUCACAGAAACUGGUCAGGAUUGGGUUUGACUGUUUCUUAGAAAUUGAUGUUGAAUGUGUAGAAAUAGUACAUGUACAUUCAAACUUGGUUAAUAAGAGGCUUUUCAGACUUGGCAAAUUACCUUGUUGUAAUAGAAACCUUGUAUUAUUACGAAUAAAAAUAAUGAAAAACAAAAGAUUGGGACGUAACAAUUUCCUUGUUAUAAGCAGAAUCUUGUAUUAACAGUGCUCUUAUUAACGAGGUUCGACUGUACAUGUAAGUUAUUGUGAUUGCACAUUUUCCCCCCAACUGUAUAACAUGGUAUCGCAUUAGGAAGAAGUUUUGAGGCAACUUUCCAUGAAGCUUGAUAUAUGAACAAAGUUCACUAUAUAUUGCUGACUGGAUAUUAGGAUGAGGGGGCACUGUGGAAUGCAUUCCUGUGAUGCUAUCAAGGGAACACACUAGCUCAGUGCCAUUCCCAGUUUAAGAACAAAACAUAAUGUAAAAGGACGAAAAAUUAAGCAUGCCAUGCACAAACCUUUUGGGGUCAUACAUGAACACCAUUGACUGGGACACCUGCAGCCAGAAUUAAAAAUAGAUGGCUCUUUUGUUACUAAAGCAUCAUUAAUGUUACUCUGUAUGAGAAUUCAGCACAUUGCCUCAUGUGAAGAGGGUUCUUUUUUGUGUGCUCACUGAAGUUACUAUGCUUACAUGUAUAUGUAUCACACACUCACAUAGCGUGCCCUUUACUUGUUCUUAUGCGGAGCAAAGAGUGCCAUCCAUCAUUCACACAUCCAGCUCAUAAGGUGUUCCCUCUUUGUCAUUACUGCUGGCAUUACUAAAAAGGGCAUUUGAAAAUUUUGCCGUAAAAUAGUGCUACUAUCAUCAAAGAGGUGAUGGAUAAAUCUCACCAUUGUACCAAACAAAAACCAUCCAUUCCCAAGGUAGAAAACUCAUGAGCACUGCCCUUCAUUUCAAUGGUUAACAGCCAUUGGAUUGUACUGGAAGGAAACACUCUAAAUAAAGAAAAAAAAUUUUUUUCUAUGUAGUACCUGUAAUCGAGUGUUUAAGGAUGGUGUACACUUAUCCAAUACAUCUGCAUUACACUGUGUAGAUGAUUAAAAAUUGUUCGGUGUAAACAUCGGUAGAUUGUAACACAGUUUGAAGCACAAACGAUUCAGCCAGAUCAGCAAAGCUAUAAAGAAUAGACUGUAGAAAAAGGGUGUAUGAGAGAUUUGUGACUAUCAAGAAUGUAAGCAUUUCUUGUUGGUAUUUAUCAGUGUGAUGCAAGACAAGUCUAUAUUAUUUGAAAACACAAAGUAAAAAUGGUUUAGGUAAGCUGCAUUAAGGGAUAAAAUAAGUAAACAGACUGAAA